UGUCUCUCUCUCCUUGGAGUUUGAGUACAUGACGUGAGUCUCUUGAUUCAAUUCAUGGGGGCUUCACUUUUUGACAUUUGCACAUGAUUGAUGUGCACUCUCCACCUUCUCCUUCUUCUAUUCCGCACCCACCGCUACCCAAUCCCAGAUUCAGCAAAAAUCCAACCAUAUUAAAGGCCAGAGCUUCCCCUGCUGCAAUGCAACUCUGUUUGUCCAUUUUGCGGAGAAAGAAGAAAACACCAUGAUUUCUCGUUCUCGUAUUCUUCCACUAUUGCCCACUUGGGUUUUAGCCAGGCCAGAGCCGCAUCUUCCUUCUGCUACAAAAAUGGCGGCUCUUUCUCCAGGGUCUCCAGAGGUAAGAAUGGUGCACCACCAGGACUCGAACAAGAAACCUUUCGUAGCAUUGAUCAUUUCUUCAGUUCUCGUUUGUGGGAUUUUGUUGUCUCUGUUCUCUUUCUGCAUCUACAGACGCAGAAACUCCAAAACAGCCACCACAAAAGAGCAACAGGGCCAGGAGCCUGGAAAAGGGAUUUCACUAGGUCCGGUUUUGGGUAGAUUCAGCUCUUUGAGAAUGGCUGGUAGAAAGGGCUCUGUUGCCUUCAUUGAGUAUCAAUUGUUAGCGGCUGCAACAAACGAUUUUCAGGAGAAUAAUGUUUUGGGCGAUGGUGGAGUUGGGCGUGUCUUCAAAGCGCGAUUCAACGAUAACUUGCUUGCAGCUGUAAAGAGAUUAGAUGGUGGAAAGAAUGCUGGAAGAGAAUUUGAGAAUGAGGUGGAUUUGUUAAGUAAAAUGCAGCAUCAGAACAUAGCUUCGCUAUUGGGUUACAGCAUUCACGGCCAGACGAGGUUUCUGGUAUAUGAGAUGAUGCACAAUGGCUCUUUGGAAUACCAAUUGCAUGGACCUCAUAAUGGAUCGGCUUUAAAUUGGAACCUCCGGUUGAAAAUAGCUCUGGAUGUUGCAAGAGGAUUAGAAUUUCUUCACGAGUGCUGCCACCCUCCCGUGAUCCAUGGAGAUUUGAAGUCAUCUAAUAUUCUGCUUGAUUCCAAUUUCAAUGCUAAGCUUACUGAUUUCGGCGUAGCUAUAGCCUGUGGAAAUCAUAGCAGGGACAAUAUAAAGCUUUCGGAAACUUUGGGAUAUGCAGCCCCAGAAUACCUUCUGGAUGGUAAACUUACAGAUAAAAGUGAUGUGUAUGCUUUUGGCGUUGUUCUUCUGGAGCUUUUGACGGGAAGGAAGCCUUCGGAGGAAACUGAAUCAACUCAGAGCCAUUCCCUUGUCACAUGGGCCAUGCCUCAUCUCACUGACAGGUCGAAGCUUCCAAACAUGGUGGACCCAAUAAUCAGAAAUACAAUGGACUUGAAGCACUUAUACCAAGUUGCUGCUGUUGCUGUGCUUUGUGUACAGUCCGAACCAAGUUACAGGCCUUUGAUAACAGAUGUUCUGCACUCCUUCAUCCCAUUGGUGCCUUCUGAGCUCGGUGGCUUGCUGAGAGUUCCAGGAACCUUGUCGACUGGCAGCAGCUAGUACUCGACACGAGUCAUUUGACUCGCUACAGAAACUAGGGAAUUGCAUGGCCUACAUAAACAUGGAUUGUUGAACUUGCAGAUAUAUUCUUUGCCUCCAGAAGAACACUGUUCGAGUUCUUGUGUCGUUGCCACCAUUGUAACCUCAAGCGUACUUCAGAUUCACGAAAGUUAAGCUAGAAAUCUCGUGUUUUUUUCUCUCUUAGUCCUUUUUGCCUUUUUGGAGUUUCUUUUUUUUUUGUUUCAUUUUGUUUGUUUUUUUUUUUUUUUUUUUUUUUGGGUGGGAUCCAUUUUAACAUUUGUAAAUUGAAUAUUUCCGAGCAACAACACGAAGAAAAAAGCAUUGUCACAGUCGCAUUAU